AUGACUGAACAAUUCCCAAUUUCCUGUAUUUCUUGUAGGAGGAAGAAGAUAAAGUGUAAUAAAUUUAAACCAUGUAAUCAAUGUAAGAAGAGGAAUAUCAUUUGUCAAUUCCCAUCGACGUUCCGUAACAUUGAGAUCAAUCAAGAAGAAAAUGGUAGUAGUGUUAGUAGUGAAAGUAGUGGUAAUGAUGAAGAUUUGAGUCAGUUGAUUAAUAAACUCAAAUCUGAUAAUAAUGAAUUACUACAAGCUAAUUAUCGAUUGACUGAAAAGAAUAAACAUUUGAAUAGUUCCCUUAGUAAGAUGAAUGUUGACCAAAGUUAUCAUUAUAAAGGAGAUGAAGAAGGAGGGAAUUCUCAAGAUGAUGCAGAAACUUAUAAAGUAUCAGGAGAAACCAGUGAAUUGGGGAAGAAGUUUUAUGGUCCUCAAUCUUCAAGUUUUAUGAUUGAAACAUUGAAGAAUAAUUCCAAUAUUUAUUCCCAAUACCCUAAGAAUUAUCUCGAUAAAGACAAUGAACGAUUAGAGAAAUCCUUGAUAAAGAAAGAGUUACCUAAACUUAAACCGGGGAUUAGUAAUAAAGAGAAUUCCCAGUUGAUUUAUGAAUUGGUAAUUUUCUUCUUCACCAACUAUUCUUCUAAUUUUUAUAAGACAUUUGUGUCCAAAAUCAGUAUAGUGAAGUUCCUUAAUGGAUAUGAAGAGAUUGAAAAUAACAAAUGGGAGAAUGAUGAUGAUUUAUUACUACUAACAAUGAUCUUACUCAUAUCAGUGAUACGUCUUACACCGGUAGAGUUUAUUAAAAUUUUCGGUAUAGAGCAGAAAAAUUAUGGUAAUGAAUUGGCUCGUCUUAAACAAAAUUUAUUUGUUGGCUUUGAAAAACUAAGACAUAAUUUAAUCAACGAAUCGAUUCUAACCAUCCAAAGUUAUAUUUUGUGUACGGAAUAUUAUUUUAUCGAACAAAAAUAUGAAGAAUGUUGGUCAAGAAUGUUCCAUACAUGUUCCAUUGCAUAUUCCAUUGGAUUACAUGUCACGGGGAAAUUGAAGGAUAAUGAACUUUCAUUAAUCAAUAAUUCCAUUUUAAAUAGUGAUGAAAAGGAAGACUUGCCUAAUAAGGAAGAAAAGGAAGACGAAAAGGAAGAUAUUUUGAAAUUACGAGUUUGGUUCGGUUUACGAAUUUUAUCGGAUAAAGUAUGUUCCAUAUUAGGAAGACCCAAUCCUAUUUCCAUUCAAGUUAAUUCUUUGGUAUUGAAGUACAAUAAGAAUUAUAAUAACAUCAAUUUGAAUGGCAGAAACACUUCUAUCCUAUUGAAAAUCGGGUUAAGUGAAUGUAUAAGGUUAUCAAAUAUGAUGUUGAUUGAAAAUUUUAUGAUUGAUUUCACUAUGAGUGACUUACUUAAGCUUAAUUCCAAGUUUGAAGUGGAAAUAGAGAUGUUGGAGAACUAUUUUCAAGAAUUAGAGAUGAAUGAAAAAUCCAUACCUGAUCGGAGUUCCGAUAAGGAUUCCGAUGAUGAUAAUUCUAAAGAACUUAGUUAUGAUGAACUUAAUCAAUUACCUUUAAAGAUAGCUAAGAUAAAUAUUAUCAAUGAUUUGACGGUGUUUUAUAUCAAUAAAGCCAAAUUAUUCGAACCUUUCAUUCUCAAAUUCAAUAAGAACAAUAAUGAUGCUAUACUUAUCCUCAAGAACUUAAGUAAUUCCAUCAUUAAUUUCCUUAAACUCAUCUACAAAUUCCUUAAGACGUUCGAGAUCAAACUUAUAAAGAAAGAUAUCAAUUAUUUGAAGAUUGGGAAAUAUUUCCGUAUAAAUUUCCCAUUUUUGAAUUCUUUCAUUUACCAAGGUAUUGUCAUCAUCUUCACUUUACUCAAUUACAAGUUCAAAGAUUUCAUUGGUUUGAAAUAUAAUGACAAAUUUGAUAAUCUUCAAUUCCUUAAUUCGUUAAAGACGGAAUUACAUAAUCUUAUAAAUGUCGAUAGUAAUUUUAACGACAAGAUAUGGUCAAUUAACAUUCUUUAUUUGAUAAAUAAGAAUUUGGAAAUUAUAGAUUUGAUUUUGAAACAGAAUAACGACAUUUAUCAGUACCAGUUUAUUCCUCAAUCACCAAAUUUUGCAUAUAAUGAAUUUAUCUACAACGACACCAUCCUCCCCCAAGGAUACAUAUCACCCAUGCAACAACCACAACCUCAAGUUCCAACUAAUCUUAAUCCUUCUCAGGGACAGGGACCUGCAUCCCAAGAAGGUCAGGGCCAAAGUCAAGAAAUGUUCGAUAUUGAUAAUUCCUUCACUAAUUCCGUUUUCAAUUCCAAUGAUCUUAUAAAUAUCAAUCUUAGUGAUCCGUUUUGGAUAACAAACCCCGAUAACUUACCUUAUUACCUAUCAUCGCCCAACGAGGAAAUUCAAAAGCAAGCUGAAGAAGAACUCAAGAAUAAGAGUAGAAGAGUGAAAGAAGAAUGGGAGACUACUAAAAAGCCAAAAUAUGACUAA